UUAUAGUUUUGUAUCUAAUUUUUUUUUAUUUGUUUCUUUGCCUCAUUGUUAUUUGAUUAUUAUUGUGUCUUUCCCCCCUUCCAUGAUUUUUGGUUUUAUAUUCAAGGUUGUGAUUUUUUGAUUUUUUUUUAAAAGAAAAAAUUGAACUGCGUCUAUCUUUUACGUAUUUUAGAAGAAAGACGCAACACGUUUCGAUCGUGUGAUCCAAUAACGCCAUAUUCUUGUUAGACUGUUCAACCUGUCCCUUAUCAGCGUAGCGUAGUGAACAAUGAAUGAGUUUUUUUUAUCACGGGUAUUGCCAAUUUAUCAAAAAUCCUGCCGGAAAGAUUUUUUUUGCUUUGAAAUUUAGACUUUAGAAGGUGGUCGGAUUUUAAUUUUGAAGAGGGGAACGAAAUUAAAAUCAUGAAAACGCCUUCGGCAGGAACGUUAGUCCGACGAGAGGGCGGCUUUUUCUGAUGCCAGGCCGAACACCGGUGAUGAGGCCGAUGAGAGACCGUUCGAUUUUGACAAACCACGUAUAAAUGGACUGGAGUGACCAGAGAAUUACAAGAACCAGAAAUAAUGGUCAAUAUGGUUGGAGCGGAACCUCGUGCACGAGACAAAAGGAGUGGAUUGUGCAGCUCUCCAAUAGAGUACAAAGAGUUUGCAUGUGGAUGGGGAGCGGCCUCCAUCAACAUACUUGUCACAUUCCCUCUAAAUAAAGUCAUAUUUCGACAGAUGCUCCACAAUGUAACAACAAUGCAGGCUGUGAGGCAGAUAACAGAAGAAGGAGUUGUUCAUUUGUACCGGGGUGUCUUGCCACCACUUGUUCAAAAGUCUCUUUCCGUGUCGAUAAUGUUUGGUGUUUAUGAUAAAUGUAAAAAACCCCUUUUAGAAAAGAACUUAAACCCAAUUUUUUCUACAAUAGUGGCCUCGAUUGCUGCUGGUACCAUAGAAUCAAUAUUAAUGCCGUUUGAAAGAAUACAGACAUUGUUACAGCACCAAAGGUAUCACAGAGAUGUUCAAAACAUGAAAGCAGCUGUGAAGACUUUAGGAAAACACGGGUUUAGUGAAUAUUAUCGUGGUCUGGUGCCAGUGCUCUUUAGAAAUGGCCCUUCUAAUGCAGUAUUUUUCCUUAUGCGAGACCAAGCUAAGUCCAGCUUUCCAGAACCUAACACCAUCCCAAUGAGAAUGCUCCAUCAAUUUGCAGUCGGAGCAUUGAUCGGUGCUUUCUGUUCAACCAUAUUCUAUCCUUGUAAUGUGCUCAAAGUACACAUGCAAAGCAGAGUCGGAGGGCCAUUUCAAUCUGUGCCUUCGGCAGUACGAGAGAUUUAUAUAGAAAGAGGAAGUAUCAGAUCAUUUUUCCGUGGAGUGCAUCUUAAUUACACUAGAUCAUGCAUUAGUUGGGGUGUUAUUAAUGUUGCUUAUGAAGGGCUGAAAAAUUUUUUUUAAAUAAGGUUUACUUUUAAACAUAUUGUUAAUUAUUGCCAUAUUUUGUUGUUGCCUUUUUUUCACCCCCUGGUAAAUACUGCAAAACAUGCAGUGUCUUCUCUUAAUAAAACUGAUUGAAAAUAAUUUAAAUUACUUUUGCUCAAUUAAUUUUCAUUUUAUUUUUCAUAAAGAAAAAUAAUACUUUUAACUUACGAGGAAAAAAAUAUUUUGUCUUAAAUGAAAAACUUUCCUUUGCAUUCAUGACUGUGUUUUUUAAUGGUGUCUGUGCCUCUUCGCAUUGUCAUCAAUUUUCGUGAUAUUAUUACCGGCCCUUAUUUGUUUAAAACAAAUUCCUUGUUGAUUAAACAAGUUUAAUUUAUUAUUAUUUUUUUUAGAAUGUGUUAACUAAAUUGUUAUUCAAAUAUUGUUGUUGAUCAAUGUGAAGCUAUAGUCAAUUUGUAGAUUUUGCCUAAAAUGCAAUUAAAAAAAUAAAAAAUUAUAAAAGAGAGAAAGAGAAAGAGAGAACAUUAAAUCAAGCACAUUUGUGCUAACACAACAAAAUAACUGCACAAAUGAUAAGAUUUAGGUAAUAACUGCAGUACAAGUGGUUGUGUCAAGCUAUAGGCAUAAAAUUGAUUCAAUAAAAAUAAAAAUAAUAAUAAAAAAAUGUAACAGAAAAUGAAAUGUGUAAAGCAAUAAAUAAGAAAUAAAAGUUUUGCCAAUUCUAGUCUUUUUUAAACAAGACAUAUUUAUGUAUGUCUACUCAAUUCCAUUUUCUACAAAUAGAGGACAUUUUCUUUUUAUUAAAAAAAAAAAAAAAUAAUAAUAAUAAAAGCUGAGAAGAAGAUUGUAUUCAGUGUAAAAAAUUGAUCCAUGCUAGUUGGAUUGUAUAUAAACAAACUGGUUGAUUUUCUUAAAUAAAUUACGUAAAUAAUGGAAAAUAAAUUGAUAAUUGUGUAAAAUAAGUGACUUCAGUGAAUGAUGUGCUAUAUGCAUAUAAAUUAAUAGGUAGACUUGUUACUAACAAAGAUUUAUUAAUAUUUUAAAAAGGAAAAUACUAGAUACAAAUUUAAAUACCUUAUUUCCUUAAUUUAAAGUUAAGAUUAUAUUAGAAAUCAGCACAUUUUUCUACAUUCAUUUAUCAUUAAAUUGUCCAAGAUGGACCAGUUUUGAAGAGUAUAAAAGAUGAAAACAAUUGAAAUAUUUUUGGGUGUUGUGUUUUUUUAAAACUUUGUUUUCAAUUUUUUAAAGCAUGCAUAUUCACAUUGUAUAAUAAAAAUGCACAGGAAUCAAUCUGCUUAUAUUUAAUAAAAUAUAUGUAAUUAUAAAAAAUUAAUAGUUUCAGUCCUUCUUUUAGCAGAAUACAAUGGGUGGUCCAGUGUAUCUCAGGUGCACUCUAUGGAAAAUGUCCUCUAUUUUUUCCAUUCUCCUUUUUCUUUCCAUGUUUUUCCAUAUGAUGAACUAUCAUUUCAAAUGGAUAAUAGCGUCAUAUCUACUUUCUCUCUAUACAUUUGAUGUUGGUUUUACCAAAUUUUUUAUGGUUAUGAAAUAAAACCAGCGUUUAUUGGGAAAAUGCCUUUUUUUUUAAUCUCGCAGGGGCUGCUGGCUGGUUAUUUCCAGAAGAGUUUUGUGUAAAAAAUUUUCUAGUGCACAUCAACUAACAUUGCGGCUUAUAAAAUAAAUUGUUCAAAAUUCUUACCUGGCAAGGUGAAUUACCUUUCUUUGUUUGGUAAUAUGCUGCAUUUUGUAAUUGGGCAUUUAAAUCAAGGAAAUUUAUACCAACUCCGAAAAUUAGGUACCAUCAUAUUUAUCUUGCCUUAUGCCAUAUAUAUUUAUUUUUAUAUUUGCAGUUUUAAAGCUUUACCUCUUAACUGUCAAGCCUUUAGUUUAAAAUUGCAAUUUAAUAUUUUCAAUAAAGAGGGAGAUUUAUUUUUAUGAAAACUCUAAAAUAUAAUGGCAUUCUUACACAAUACAAUUUUUAUCAAUAUCUUACAAAGAAAUGGUUGAUAAAAUUAAUCCUCAAAUAUUUAUAUAUUUGGUGUGACACUGAUGGAUUAAACGAGUCAAGUUGUUGUAAAGGUACUGGAAUUAUGAUUAUUAAUUUUUUUAAACCUUCAAUCUACCUCCAGCGCACAUUUUUUAUUAUUAAAAUCGUUGUUUUUGGAACAAGCAUGUUGCCAUCUAUUCUGCAUGAAACUCUCGUACUUUAGCUGCAAGUUUGUUGAUUAUGAUUUUAUUGAAUCAACAUUUUUGCUCAUAUUUUAAAGAUGUAAGUAGAUUCUUUAGAAAAAUAUUGUGAUACUUAAACAUUUCAUCAUCGUUUAAUUUCAAAUUAAAACAAAGCAAUAAUUAUUGAUUCUAAGGUUAUUUGUAUGAAUCAAAUAUUGUUGUUUGUUUUUAAAAGAACAUGCUUCUGAAAUAUUUCAACAUAAGUUUGUUUGAGGAGCUUUAAUGAUUUAUGUUACUAUUUAAAUCAUUUUUAGAAGUAAAAUUUUUUGGCAAUGACAAUAAAUAUAGAACUAAGUGAAAUUGUCGUGAAGUUGUCCAGUUUAUCUUGAAAACUUAGUUAAAAAACAAGUUGUUACCAAGUUUUAUGGAUAUUUUGUUAGUUUUUAAUUAUGUUAAAAUUGGACAACUUAUUGGACAAAUUUUGUUUCAAUUGUUUUUAUGUAAUUCAGACAUCUUUUAGAAAAUGCUAUGAUAAAGGAAUAAUAAACCGACUACGGAACAAUUACUUCAAAUUUAAAAAUUUGAAAAAUGUCAUUCACGCUUACCACGUAACAUAUAAAUAAAUUUAUCCCCAUGAUUAAGCGCUGUUUCUCAUUUGUUUUUCAAUAUCUCAUCAGACAUAUCUUGUCAGACAUAUCUCAUCGAUAUGUACUUAAAACUGCUAUUAAAAAAUAACGCAUAUAAGUGCACGAAAUGUAACAGCAUGAAUUUUUUUGUUAAAAAAAAGCAUGUUAAUAAAAGGCAAAGUAUGACAUGCAUGGUUUAUAAUGUUCUAGCAGAUUUUUUUUUGUUUUUGUUUGAACUGAAGAUUACAUUAUUGUUAUGUAAAGCAUUUAUACUCCGGUACACAAUGUGAAUUGUAUCAUGCUCAAUGCCUCAAUGGAUUUUAAAUUGAAACAAUUGACAAAUAAUAUAGUUCCUUAUUUGUAGGGUAGGUAAGUGUAGUGUUAAUUUUUAAAGACUUUUUUUUCAGAACAGAUUAUAUGGUAUAAUAGUGAACAAAGAAAUCAUAAAAUUAAUAAGAUUUAAAUGUGCAGUACAAAAUUAUUAGAUAAAACGAUAAAUUUGGCAGGGAUAUUAGGCUUGUGCGAGUAGUUUUCAGGGAAUUAGUUAUAAUUGUGCCUUAAAUGUAUGAUACAAUGAAAUACACAAUAUUAUUUAAGUUUUGUA